AGGGGUUUGUGCACACUGUAAUAUACAGCGUACGUAAGGAUGACCAUGCUGGGCUCGGUGUUGGUGCUGUUUAUGCAGAGCUAUAUCGGAGGUCCAGUCAGGAUCGUGGAGAAUGAGCAGCUGGAAGCUCUGAGGAAUAACUACUAUACCAAGUACCACCCCAUGGAGGAGAUAUCCAUGUGGAUGGAGCAGAUGGUGAAGGAAAACCCCGGGGUGGUCUCCUCUGAGGUCUACGGCCAGACAUUCGAGGGCAGAAAUAUCACUCUCCUGAAGAUAGGCCUGGAGUCCAGCAUCAAGAAGAAGGCGAUCUGGAUGGACUGCGGGAUCCACGCCAGGGAGUGGAUCGCCCCUGCCUUCUGCCAGUGGUUCGUCAAGGAGAUUUUACAGACGUACAAGACCGAUGAGAAGAUGAACCUCAUGCUCAAAAACAUGGAUUUCUACAUCACGCCUGUGCUUAACGUCGAUGGCUACAUGUACUCCUGGAUGAAUGAGAGCACUCGGCUAUGGAGGAAAACGAGAUCAAACCACACGACCCCUGACUGUGAUUGCGAAGGCACUGACCUCAACCGGAACUUCAACGCCAACUGGGGAACGGUGGGGAUCUCGGCGAACUGCUGUUCGGAAAUAUACUGCGGCCCCAGAGCACUCUCUGAGGUAGAGGCUGUGGCAGUGACAGAGUUUGUGGGGAACAGGGUUGAGGAGAUCCUGUGCUUCCUCACCAUCCACUCCUAUGGACAGCUGAUCCUGGUCCCAUAUGGACACCCCCAGAUCUCAGCUCCCAACUAUGAUGAACUGAUGCAGGUUGGUCUGAAUGCUGCCAAGGCCAUCAAGUCUGUGCACGGGAUGGACUACACAGUGGGAACCUCCCCGGACGUGCUGUACCCUAAUUCGGGCUCGUCGCGGGACUGGGCGCGGCUCAUCGGGAUCCCCUUCUCCUUCACCUUCGAGCUGAGGGACAAGGGUCAGCACGGGUUCAAGCUUCCCGAGGACCAGAUCCAGCCGGCCUGCGAGGAGGCCUACGCAGGAGCCCGCUCCAUCAUCACCUACGUCCACGACAAAACCUACAACGGCGUGCCCAGCUCCGCCACAGCAGGCCUGGCCCUGUGGACCACACUGCUGGCAUCCUGCCUCACCACUGCCACCUUCCUGUAAACCGCGAGCAUUACGCUCAGCAAGCUCACAGUGGCAGCUACAGAGAAUCACAGGGAAAUGCCUAUGUAACGUUUCAUUGACUGUAAUUUAGUCCCUGACCUGAGGAUUGUGAUGUAUUUAUACUUGAGGUGAUUCUUUAUUUUUCCUACAAAGCCGUGCUGUGUAAACUGCUCACAUUGGGCAGGAGUUUCUUUGUGACUAAUUUCUAUUUUUUGCA